UCUCGCGAGAGGGCUAAUCGGGCCAACUAAGCGUUGUUGCGGCCGACGUGCAACUAGUGUGGAAGGCGCAGGUGGAAAGUAAUAGGCGCCGAAGAUGUCGGACAGCGAGGACAGCAACUUCUCGGAGGAGGAGGACAGCGAGCACAGCAGUGAGGCCGAGGAGGCCGAGGUAGAGGAAGAGCGGCGGAGUGCAGCGGGCAGUGAGAAGGAGGAGGAGCCUGAAGAAGAGGAGGAGGAGGAAGAAGAGGAGGAUUAUGAUGAAGAAGAGGAAGAGGAAGAUGAUGACCGUCCCCCCAAGAAACCCCGACAUGGUGGCUUCAUUCUGGAUGAGGCCGAUGUGGAUGAUGAAUACGAGGAUGAGGACCAGUGGGAGGACGGAGCUGAGGACAUCCUGGAGAAAGAAGAGAUUGAAGCCUCCAAUAUUGAUAAUGUUGUCCUGGAUGAAGACCGCUCUGGUGCACGUCGUCUGCAAAAUCUCUGGAGAGACCAGCGAGAAGAAGAACUGGGCGAGUAUUACAUGAAGAAAUAUGCCAAGUCGUCUGUGGGGGAGACGGUGUAUGGAGGCUCUGAUGAGCUGUCUGAUGACAUCACCCAGCAGCAGCUGCUCCCAGGUGUCAAGGACCCUAACCUGUGGACUGUCAAGUGUAAGAUAGGGGAGGAACGAGCCACAGCCAUGUCCUUGAUGCGCAAGUUCAUUGCCUACCAAUUCACGGACACGCCCCUGCAGAUCAAGUCGGUGGUGGCCCCCGAGCAUGUGAAGGGCUACAUCUAUGUGGAGGCCUAUAAGCAGACCCAUGUGAAGCAAGCCAUUGAGGGCGUGGGCAACCUGCGGCUUGGCUACUGGAAUCAGCAAAUGGUUCCCAUCAAGGAGAUGACAGAUGUGCUCAAGGUGGUCAAAGAGGUGGCUAACCUGAAACCGAAGUCCUGGGUCCGCCUCAAGCGGGGCAUCUACAAAGAUGACAUUGCUCAGGUGGACUAUGUGGAGCCCAGCCAGAACACCAUCUCCCUGAAGAUGAUCCCGCGCAUUGACUACGAUCGCAUCAAGGCCCGCAUGAGCUUGAAAGACUGGUUUGCCAAAAAGAAGAAGUUCAAGCGGCCGCCACAGAGGCUCUUUGAUGCUGAGAAGAUCAGGUCUCUGGGAGGUGAUGUUGCUUCUGAUGGUGAUUUCCUCAUAUUUGAGGGGAACCGCUACAGCCGGAAAGGCUUCCUGUUCAAGAGUUUCGCCAUGUCUGCUGUGAUUACAGAAGGAGUGAAGCCCACCCUGUCUGAGCUCGAGAAGUUUGAGGACCAGCCUGAGGGCAUUGACCUGGAGGUGGUGACUGAAGGCACAGGAAAGGAGCGGGAGCACAACUUCCAGCCUGGGGACAAUGUGGAGGUGUGCGAGGGUGAGCUCAUUAACCUGCAGGGCAAGGUCCUCAGCGUGGAUGGCAACAAGAUCACCAUCAUGCCCAAGCAUGAGGACCUCAAGGACAUGCUGGAGUUCCCAGCUCAGGAACUUAGGAAGUACUUCAAGAUGGGGGACCACGUGAAGGUGAUCGCUGGCAGAUUUGAAGGUGACACAGGCCUCAUUGUGCGGGUGGAGGAGAACUUUGUCAUUCUCUUUUCCGAUCUCACCAUGCAUGAGCUAAAGGUGCUCCCUCGCGACCUGCAGCUGUGCUCAGAGACCGCCUCGGGCGUGGAUGUUGGGGGUCAGCAUGAAUGGGGUGAGCUGGUGCAACUGGAUCCCCGUACCGUCGGUGUCAUCGUGCGCCUAGAGCGGGAGACCUUCCAGGUGCUGAACAUGCACGGGAAGGUGGUGACCGUCAGGCACCAGGCCGUGACUCAGAAGAAGGACAACCGCUUCGCUGUGGCCCUGGACUCAGAUCAGAACAACAUCCAUGUGAAGGACAUUGUUAAGGUCAUAGAUGGGCCCCAUUCAGGCCGCGAGGGUGAGAUCCGCCACCUGUACCGAAGCUUUGCCUUUCUGCACUGCAAGAAACUGGUGGAGAAUGGUGGCAUGUUUGUCUGCAAGGCACGCCACUUGGUGCUGGCUGGGGGCUCCAAGCCCCGAGAUGUGACCAACUUAACUGUGGGUGGCUUCACCCCCAUGAGCCCCCGGAUCAGCAGUCCCAUGCACCCUAGUGCUGAUGGUCAGCAUGGUGGCUUUGGUAGCCCAGGAGGUGGUGGCAUGAGCAGAGGUCGAGGGCGGAGGGACAAUGAACUCAUUGGCCAGACAGUGCGCAUCUCCCAGGGGCCCUACAAAGGCUACAUUGGUGUGGUGAAGGAUGCCACGGAGUCCACAGCCCGCGUGGAGCUGCACUCGACCUGUCAGACCAUCUCUGUGGACCGUCAGCGGCUCACCACAGUGGACUCCCAGCGUCCUGGUGGCAUGGCCUCCACCUAUGGCAGGACACCUAUGUAUGGUUCCCAGACACCCAUGUACGGUUCUGGCUCCCGCACCCCCAUGUACGGCUCUCAGACACCUUUACAGGAUGGCAGCCGCACCCCACAUUAUGGCUCACAGACACCCUUGCAUGAUGGCAGCCGCACUCCUGCCCAGAGUGGGGCCUGGGACCCCAACAAUCCCAACACGCCUUCCCGGGCUGAAGAGGAAUACGAGUAUGCUUUCGACGAUGAACCUACCCCAUCCCCACAGGCCUAUGGGGGAACUCCUAACCCCCAAACACCUGGCUACCCAGACCCCUCAUCCCCCCAGGUCAAUCCUCAGUAUAACCCACAGACACCAGGGACACCAGCCAUGUACAACACGGACCAGUUUUCCCCCUACGCUGCCCCCUCCCCGCAGGGCUCCUACCAGCCCAGCCCUAGCCCCCAGAGCUACCACCAGGUGGCACCAAGCCCAGCAGGCUACCAGAAUACCCACUCUCCAGCCAGCUACCAUCCCACUCCAUCACCCAUGGCUUAUCAGGCAAGCCCUAGCCCGAGCCCUGUGGGCUACAGUCCCAUGACACCUGGGGCCCCCUCCCCUGGUGGAUACAACCCACACACACCAGGCUCAGGCAUUGAACAGAACUCCAGUGACUGGGUGACCACUGAUAUCCAGGUGAAGGUGCGAGACACCUACCUGGACACACAGGUGGUGGGGCAGACUGGUGUCAUUCGCAGUGUCACGGGUGGCAUGUGCUCCGUGUACCUGAAGGACAGUGAGAAGGUGGUCAGUAUUUCCAGUGAGCACUUGGAGCCCAUCACCCCCACCAAGAACAACAAGGUGAAAGUGAUCCUGGGUGAGGACCGAGAGGCCACAGGAGUCCUGCUGAGCAUUGAUGGCGAGGAUGGCAUAGUCCGCAUGGACCUGGAGGAGCAGCAGCUCAAGAUCCUGAACCUCCGUUUCCUAGGGAAGCUCCUGGAGGCCUAAGAUGGGCACACAGUGUCUCCUUUUGUGCCCUUGACCCAAGCAGAGCUCUGGGCUUGGGGAAAUCUGGACCCAUCAUUCCAUUUCCUCCCUCCUAUUAUACUCCUAGGAAUCAAAGUAGAGUCUGAGGAAGGGUCCCAUUCUUAUGCCUGCUGUCCAGCCGAUCUUUGUGUUAUGGUCUUUCAAUAAAGAGAAGCUUUUUGGUCAAAA